ACCGCUCGCAGUCAACAGUGUACGCUCCAGCCGUGAGGAACAGCUUCGCUUUCAGUUCGAUUAAAGCAGCCCCCCUCCCCUCCUCCACUUUCGUUCGUGUUCGCGUGUGCUAUUCUGUGUGCAAGUGCAAGUGACCCUUAUCCACGCGUUCUCCUCCCGACCCUCACCCUCGCCGAUCAACCUCGAAACGGUAGACGCUAUCAAUCAAAAGGCCGGAACAGCACCACACGUAGCCCAGCUUACCUUAGCGAAGACACCAACCAGCCCAGCAGCUUAGCUCGAUUGAUUGCCGCAAGAUGUCGCACUCGGUCGUAAUAACGCGUACAACAACCACCACGACGAGCACGUCCCAUCUCGUGCUCAACACGGGCUACCUCCGCACAACGCCCGGCCUGCUGAAGCUCGCCCAGCUGAUCAUCGGCGCCGUCAAUGUCGGGCUGGUGGCGUACUACAUCCGGCGCUAUCCGACCUCCGGUCUGCCGGCCAGCGCCGAGUUCUUCUUCCUGCUGAUGGCGGUCGCCUUCCUGGUCGGGACGUUCUGUCUGCUCGCCUCCUGUCUCGUGUCGCUCAGCACCGGCGGCAUCAUCUCGAAGACGAUCUACGAGCUGGUGUACCAUACGAUCGCGUUCCUGCUCUACCUGAUCGCCUCGAUCAUGCUGCUGGUGGACGUCACCAACGGGCGCUACUACCACACGAUCAAGGAUGCGUACAUGGCGGCGGCGAUCCUUGGAUUGAUCGUGUCCGCUCUCUACCUCUUCAGCGCUCUGCUCGCUCAGCGCUCCUACCGCGGCAUCUAAACCGUGCGGGACCGAGCGCCGUCUGCCGUCUUCCAGCCACACCUCCGUUCCGGUCCACCGGCUGCCGCUGUGUUUGUGUUCCGCUCUCUCAGAGCGACCAACAAAAAAAAACAUGUGCUCAUGUGUUCGCUACGGUAGACGCUUCCUUGUUCCGUGUUCCCUCAAUGUGUGUGUGUAUACAUGUGUGUGUUUGUAUUUAUCUAUGUGUGUGCCUUUCCCUUCGACUCAGUUGUGUCGUUGGUCGCAUUUCAAGCCACGUAUUUCUCUCCCCCUGCUCCUUGUUUGUUGACUUCGCGCUGUAAUCUCACCGAAAUGCUGCCCGAAGGGCUUGCUACCUAGAUCGCUGUUUCAAUGUCCAAUAUGUAUGUGUGUGUGUGUGUUUACUACCACUGACAAGCAAGUUUACUUACUGUAUGGGUAUGAGAAAAAGCAAAAAGCAUCGGAAGAAAAACGGAACAAAAAUCCCCAAACAAUUCGGAAAUGUGCUGGGAAGGAUUUUUUAACAAAAUGCCAUAUACUCGUUUUUUACAGUAACAUCAGUAUGAUCCAUUUUUUGAAACGGUUUUUUUAUACCACCAGUGGCUAAGAUAAAGACAUGCAUUUCCUACACAGUUUAACACCACAACAAGUUGUUCUUUUUUACAACAAAAAAUAAAUUAAAUAAGAUAUUUACAAUCAUAAUCCAGUCCAUAAAAACAGCAAGCGAUAGGGAAACGUUUCUGCUCCUACCCAAAAGGGCACAGUAGGCAUUAAAGUAGGCGCAUCUACCUAAGUUGAGAUUACUUACUCAGUCAUCGUCCAAUGGGUUUUUUGAAAUUUUUUAAAAUACUACUUUAUACAACGUUGCAAAAAUAGGAAUUCACAUCUAUUCAACACGCCUUGUUGUUCUUCUGCAAUUGUUCUCAUCGGUACUCGUGUCUUAUAAUCAUGUAAGCAAACUUAUUGUUCUUGAUUGUUUUGUUUUUUUACUCGUAUCUAUGUUAGAUAAGUUUUUUUUGUUUAAGCGUUUGGUACGCGAUUACGAAGAUAAUAAAAUAAACUAAAAUUUGUUUUUUUCUUCUACUUUUA